CAGCUGCAGCUGGCAGGUGGGGCCGGGGCCCGCGCGAUCCGACCACGCACACGGCCCGGCGGGCGCGGCGGGGCUGCAGCGGGGGCAGCGGGCGCCCGGGACGCGCCGGGACUCGAUCCGGGCAAGGCUUGUCUACAUUGCAGGAAAGGAGAAACAGAAUGCUUGCUGGAGAUUGCAUCAGUUUUAUUUGAAGUAGACACUGAUAUGCUUAAAGGUGUCUGGAAUUUCUGGAAAGGCCUGAAUGCCUCAAAGAAGCAAUUUCUGGUAGAAGUCUGAAGAUCAUUUCUGAGAAAAAAGAAAAAAUAAUCAAUGAAUUAAGGACAAGAAGGUUUCCAGUCAGUUAGAAAUCUGCAAGCAAUCUAAGAUUCUCAUCCUAAAGUCUACUACCUUCAAGUUUUCCACUGAGAGUAAAAUUAGCAUGUUCUCCAGUCACCAUUUGGUUCAUGACUCAAUGUCACUAUAAAAAUCAUUUCAGCAGCUUGAUAGGCCCAGCUUCUUCUAGGAUACAUCGAUGAGGAACACUUCAAUUUGUCUAAUAUAGGAAACUCCCUGCUAUGUGGAUAUUUGUUAGCAAUGACUGAUGUGGAAACUACAUAUGCAGAUUUUAUUGCUUCAGGAAGAACAGGUAGAAGAAAUGCAAUACAUGAUAUCCUGGUUUCCUCUGCAAGUGGCAACAGCAAUGAAUUAGCCUUGAAAUUAGCAGGUCUUGAUAUCAACAAGACAGAAGGUGAAGAUGAUGCACAGCGAAAUUCCACAGAACAAAGUGGGGAAGCCCAAGGAGAAGCAGCAAAAUCUGAAAGCUAACACUCCACUUUGACCAUCAACAUCUGACAAUGUUGCAAAUAUGCAGGCAUUGCUGGAAUGCAUUUGUUUCCAUGAGUGAAAAGAGGGAAAAGAAAAUGGCUGUGCUGCAUGGCAGGACGCUGCUCCUUAUUGUAUUAAAAAUGGGAGCAGAGGCUAUGGCUGCAGACAGACUUUUCUCUACCUCUGUCACUAGCAAUGGUUGAAAUCAUGUGGCUUGUGUUUGGAUGUCAUUUUUGUGUGGAUCCUUUCACUUGACCAUAAGAUGAAAUGCUUGUAGAGCGUAGCACUGACCUAGAUGAUGAUUCCUGUAGCAUCUGGCCCCUCACAAUGUCAGAGGAUUUAAUUGUGUCUAACUGCAAAGGGUUGGUUGAACCCCAGAGCUUAAAUAUCUCUGGCCGAGUAGUCACCCAGUAAAAGAACCAUCCAGAAAGCACUGUUUUUAGCAUUAUGUAUCUGUGUGUUACUGCUGUGUUAUUUACACACUGUUUUGUAUUGUAUAAUAUAAAUGCUCAGCACUGCCCCCUUCUUUGAUUGCUUAUGAAAAACAAAAUGAUGUACAUUACUGUGAAUUUUUAUACCACUUAUUUUUUAAAGGGCUGCAUUUUUUUCUUAAUUUUCCAUAGUGUGGUGGUGUACACAGGAUACAACAUACUUUUUAAAAAUACAAUCUUUCCUCUUGAUAAUUGUAUGUUGAAUUAAGUCCAAAGGAUUCAUCAAAGCUCCUUUGCUCUAUUAUACAGGCAUUUGAAAAUAUCCACUGAUGUGAAUAUUCCCAGAAUUCAGUCUGUUUGGUAUCUGCACAGACCAGAAUUCAGUUUGUCAAUUUUGUUUUAUUCCCUAAAUAAGGAAAUUCUCCCAGCUAACAUUUUUAAUUUUAGUUUUAAGAAUUUUGAAGAAUUUUUUAAAAAGAAAAGUCAAGAUAAUACUAAGAACUGGAAAUAUUUUUCUCUAUGGAAUCAAUUUUCUCAUAAUGUACAUGCUACUGUUUAAAUCUAGAGAACAAUUUGUCUCUACCUGGCUGAAAAGGGUGGAGAAAGUAGUCUUGCAAUCAUGUGGACACCAAUCACAAAAGUAAAGCACUCAUGUUGUGUUUUUCAUUUUUUUUCAGCCCUAUCAGAUCCAAAUGUUAUUAUGCACUUUUUAAUGUUUGUAAACUUUUACUAAUAAUAAGUGUGAAUUGCAUUCUGAUAUAAUUAUCACCAUUAGAAGCUAACAAAAUUUCCACUGAUACUGUUGAUGAUCUAUGCUAUAUUUUGAUAUUAUGGUUCUUUUUAUGGAAAGUUUCUGUGAACUAUGUAAUCCCUCUGGUCAGUAUUAUAAAAACAAUUUGUCAGUGGCAAAAAAUAAGAACCA